UGGACGCCACUGAACUGCCCUUUCUUCUUCCUUGUCUGUAAUGGCGUGAGAGUUGUCACUCUGCUGCAACCAGACCUCUCUCUCCCUUUCUUUCUUUCUCUCUCCUCCGACAAACCACACCGAAACUGAAAAAGAGGACCGAACUCUCAGAGAGAGAGAGAGAGAGAUUUUUCCGAAUUUCCAUGGAAGACGAAAUGGAAUGAGAUGAAACACAAUACAAUUUUCCGCAAAGCUAUGCAGACAUUUGACCUGUGCGUUGUGACCGUUCAUCUCCUCUCUCCGCCGACAUGCAUUAUGGUGAGCUUGGGGCGCCGACGUUGAAGAUCUUGCUCUUGAUCUUUUGAUUCGGCUUUGUUUAUUUCCAAUUCCUUUGUUUUCUUUUGAAUAUCCAUCGCUGCCGACGAAGGUCUUUGUAUUGUCAACCGCCUGAGGAACGACUUCGUUCUCUUAUACAUCAUUUUAAUCGGUGGCAGUGCUUUGAGAUUCCGAGUUUGGCAAAUUCUUAUGUAUUGAGUUAGAGAUUAAACGGAUACUUUGUUUUUGGACUUUUUGACUGUUGGAGAGUUCAAGUUUGAUUGAGAGUUUUGAGAGACAAAUAUGUCUUCAUGGGAUACGCUUGGGGAGUUAGCCAAUGUGGCCCAGCUUACGGGCAUCGAUGCAGUUCGUUUGAUUUCUAUGAUAGUGAAAUCGGCAAGCACUGCACGAAUGCACAAAAAGAAUUGCAGGCAAUUUGCUCAGCACCUGAAGUUGAUUGGAAACCUGCUGGAGCAACUUAAGAUCUCGGAACUUAAGAGGUAUCCUGAGACUCGGGAGCCUCUAGAACAGCUUGAAGAUGCUUUAAGAAAGUCGUAUAUUUUGGUCAACAGCUGCCAGGAUCGCAGCUAUCUCUAUCUGCUUGCCAUGGGAUGGAACAUUGUAUAUCAAUUCAGGAAGGCCCAGAAUGAAAUUGACAGAUACCUGCGCCUUGUUCCUUUGAUUACACUCGUUGACAAUGCCAGAGUCAGGGAGAGACUAGAGGAUAUUGAAAAGGAUCAGCACGAAUAUACUUUGGAUGAUGAUGACAAAAGAAUUCAUGAAGUAAUUCUGAACCCAGAACCUUCGACAGACGAGGCAAUGGUGUUGAAAAAAUCUCUUUCUUGUUCUUAUCCGAACUUGCCUUUCAACAAAGCACUACAAAAAGAAAAUGAGAAGCUCCAGCUAGAACUACAACGGUCACAAGCUAAUCUGAAUGUUGGUGAAUGUGAGGUUAUUCAACGUUUGAUAAGUGUCACUGAAUCUGUAGCUGCAACUUCUAGUCAUGAGAAACAUUCACCUGAAAGAGCCCACAAAGUAGUGGAAAAUACGCAUGUAGAUGCCAACAAUGGACAUUCAUCUGAUGAAAGUUACUAUAAAAAUAUUGAUACUCAUACAACCUCAAGAAAAAAUUCUUCUGUUUCAUCAGGACAUGGUCUGCUCUCAAUCAGGGGUUCUGAUGGGUAUGGUGAAUGGCACACUGACUUACUUGAUUGUUGUGCAAAACCUUCUCUGUGUCUUAAGACUUUUUUCUAUCCUUGUGGGACUUUUUCAAGGAUUGCUACUGUUGCAACCGAUAGGCAUACAUCACCAGGAGAAGCAUGUAAUGAUUUGUUGGCAUAUACAUUGAUACUAUCGUGCUGUUGCUAUACUUGCUGUGUUAGAAGAAAGCUUCGCAAGAUGCUGAACAUCACGGGAGGUUAUGUUGAUGACUUUCUCUCCCAUCUUUUGUGUUGCUGCUGUGCCCUAGUACAAGAAUGGCGAGAAGUCGAGAUACGCGGGGUUUACGGUCCUGAAAAGACUAAGACAAGCCCUCCACCCUCUCAAUACAUGGAAUCCUAAAGUACACUUGACACAUUCAACCGUCACACAGUCUCACAAGUAUUUUCGAUUCAUGAUCGAGUUAUGUAAUGUAUACAGGUAAAGUUGUUAUAUAAUGUAUAGAAGAGUAAAGUUGUUAUGUAAUGUAUACGGGUAAAGUUAUAGCUAGCAUGUAACUGAAAGCAAGCCUACUUCUUACAUCGUAAUGUUAGUAUGAUAUUACAUCCUCAUGUUUCUA